AUGGCGUCCAAAUCGGGCAAGCUCCUAGCCCUCAUCAAUUAUCGUAUGCGCGUGACCGUCGUGGAUGGACGCCAGAUAGUGGGACGGUUUAUGGCAUUCGAUAGGCACAUGAAUUUGGUGCUAGGAGACGCGGAGGAGUUCAGGAAACUGCCGCCCAAGAAGGGCGUGGCGGAGGAGGACCGUGAGCAGCGCCGAGUGCUGGGCCUCGUCAUCCUGCGCGGCGACGAGGUGGUGGAUCUGACGAUAGAGGGACCGCCGCCGGCGGACGAGAGCCGCCUGGCCAAGGGCGCAGCGGCGCCGGCGGGGCCCGGAAUGGGCCGCGCUGCAGGGCGGGGCAUGCCCGCGCCGCCCAUGAUGCGGCCACCUAUGGGCGGCCCGCCCAUGGGCAUGCCGCCCGGCAUGCCACCGCCCGGCUUCAGGCCAGGAAUGCCGCCGCCAGGGAUGCCGCCGCCGGGCUUCAGGUGCGACCAGGCAGCGUAG